ACCAUUGGAUCAGCACCCCUAGAGGAUAGGAUCUUGAGGCUACCAGGGCAGCCAGAGGUUAGCUUCCAGCAGUAUGCAGGGUAUGUGACUGUUGAUGAAACCCAGCAGAGGAAACUCUUCUACUACUUCGUUGAAGCUGAGACCAACUCCACUUCCAAGCCUCUCGUUCUCUGGCUAAAUGGAGAAGCAAACAUGAUAUACCUGGAAUCUCCUGCUGGAGUUGGUUUCUCUUACUCACAAGAUCCAUCAUUCUACAACUCUGUGAACGAUACCAUAACAGGACACUAUGUCCCACAACUGGCUCAAUUAAGCGUGGAGUCGGGAUCAAAUCUCUGCUUGAGAACCAUAGCUAAAGCUGAAGAUUCGAUAGACCUUUGCAUACAAGAUGAGAUGAACAAGUACUUAAACAGGAAAUAUGUUCAACAAGCUAUACAUGCCCAGCUUGUAGCCGUCAGCAACUGGACUGCUUGUACCCAUCGCGUAAAGUACGACGAGAGCAACUUGGAGAAUCCAACAAUUGGAGUGGUGGGAUCGUUGGUGGGUUCGGGCAUUCGAGUACUGGUUUACAGCGGAGAUCAAGAUGCUGCAAUCCCAUUCAUAGGUACAAGAAGCCUGGUGAAUCGUCAGUCGAAAAAGUUGGGAUUGAACACUACUCUGCCUUACAAGCCCUGGUUCGAUGAUGAAAAACAGGUUGGUGGAUGGACACAAGUCUACGGGGAGAACAACAAACUUGCAUAUGCAACCAUUAGAGGAGCCUCUCACAUGGCCCCACUCUCCUCGCCCAAGAGAUCACUCACUUUAUUUGCUGCAUUUCUUGCUGGGAAGCCAUUGGCAGCUUGA